AUGACGUGUGUGCAGUCGAAUUGGAAGUUGCAACUCCAGUGGGAGGAGGUCGAUCUCACUGAAGAGUGCAACUCCUGCGCCGAUCACCGAUCGCAUCGCAUCGCAACACAUCGCGUCACGUCGUUGGGGAAAAAAAACGAAAUAUGCUAUGAGAAGUGUGUUACAAAUUUCCGAGAGGAGGGCAGAAAAGCAGAAGAGCCGAGAAAUUUUGGUCUCGAAUGUCUCGUUUUGGAAAUCGAUUCGUCACGUCCAAAAAGGGCUUUGGCUCAAUGUCGACAGAUCGACAGUUCGACAGUUUCGACGGCUCGAGAUGAUGAUCCCAUGGGGUCAGGGAUCGUGGUCGAUGCCAACAAAAUACCGAAUACGGAAUACCAAACGAAACGGCAGCCAACGAAACGAUAUUUUUUUGUACCCCUGAUCUCUUAUUUUUGUAAAAUAAAUUAAUAAUCAACCGAAAA